CAACCCCACAGUUCAUGCUUCUUCCCGGUUCCUGCUCCUUUCAGCCAUGACUUGUAGAGUUCUUCUGUUAACAGCCUUCGCCUUGUGUCGUGCAUUCAACCUGGACACUGAAAAUCCAAUGACCUUCCAAGAGAACGCAAGGGGGUUUGGGCAGAGUGUGGUCCAGUUUGAGGGAUCCCGGAUUGUGGUUGGAGCCCCCCAGGAGAUAAAAGCUGACAACCAAACAGGAGGCCUCUAUCAAUGUGAAAUCAACACCCGCAACUGUGAGCCCAUCUACUUUCAGGUCCCCAUGGAGGCUGUGAACAUGUCCUUGGGCCUCUCCCUGGCGACUGCCAUCAACCCCUCACAGCUGCUGGCCUGUGGCCCCACCGUGCACCAAACUUGCAAGGAGAACACAUAUGUAAAUGGCUUCUGCUUCCUAUUUGGAUCCAACCUACGGCAGCAGCCCCAGAGGUUUCCAGAGGCCCUCAGAGCAUGUCCUCAGCAGGAGAGCGACAUUGCCUUUUUGAUUGAUGGCUCUGGUAGCAUCAAUGAAAACGACUUUAGGAAGAUGAAGGACUUUGUGUCAACAGUGAUGGACCAAUUCAAAAAGUCUAAAACCUUGUUCUCUUUGAUGCAGUACUCAAAUGAAUUCCAGACUCAUUUUACCUUCAAUUAUUUCAAGACAAAUCCUAACCCAAGAUUGCUGGUAAACCGAAUAAGACAACUGCAUGGGACAACAUACACUGCCACAGGAAUCCGCAAAGUAGUAAGAGAACUGUUUCAGAGUGCCAAUGGAGCCCGGGAAAAUGCUGUUAAGAUCCUAGUUGUCAUCACAGAUGGAGAAAAAUAUCAAGAUCCCCUGAAUUAUGAGGAUGUCAUCCCUGAGGCCGACAGAAAGGGGGUCAUUCGCUAUGUCAUUGGGGUGGGAGGUGCCUUCAACAAUGACAGAUCCCGUGAAGAGCUUAAUACCAUUGCCUCUAAGCCAGCUCGUGAUCAUGUGUUCCGGGUGAAUAACUUUGAAGCACUAAACACCAUUCAAAACCAGCUUCAGGAAAAGAUCUUUGCAAUUGAAGGCACUCAGACAGGAAGUACCAGCUCCUUUGAGCAUGAGAUGUCUCAGGAAGGCUUCAGUGCUGCCAUCACCUCUAAUGGUCCUUUGCUGGGCUCUGUGGGGAGCUUUGACUGGGCUGGUGGAGCCUUUUUGCAUAGGUCAAAGAAUGAAAUCACCUUCAUCAACACAACCAGGGUGGACUCAGAUAUGAAUGAUGCUUACUUGGGUUAUGCAUCUGCAGUCAUCUUGAGGAACCGGGUGCAAAGCCUGGUUCUGGGUGCACCUCGAUAUCAACACAUUGGCCUGGUGGCGAUGUUCAGACAGAAUGCUGGUGCCUGGGAGACCAACACUAUUAUCAAGGGCAACCAGAUUGGCUCCUACUUUGGGGCUUCCCUCUGCUCGGUGGACAUGGAUGGUGAUGGAAACACCAACCUGGUCCUCAUUGGGGCACCCCAUUUCUAUGAGCAGACCCGAGGGGGCCAGGUGUCCGUGUGUCCCUUGCCUAAGGGGCAGAGGGCUCGGUGGCGGUGUGAGGCUGUUCUCCAUGGUGAGCAGGGCCAUCCCUGGGGCCGCUUUGGGGCAGCUCUGACAGUGCUGGGAGAUGUGAAUGGGGACAAGCUGACAGACGUGGUUAUUGGAGCCCCAGGAGAACAGGAGAAUCGGGGUGCUAUUUACAUUUUUCAUGGAAUAUCAGUAUUUGGCAUCAGCUCCUCCCACAGCCAGCGGAUUACAGGCUCCCAGCUUUCCCCCCAGCUCCAGUAUUUUGGUCAGUCACUGAGUGGCGGUCAGGACCUCACAAGGGAUGGAUUGGCAGACCUGGCUGUAGGGGCCCAGGGACAUAUACUGUUGCUCAGAUCCCAGCCAGUGCUAAGAGUUGUGGUGACCAUGGAGUUCACACCCAAGGAAGUGGCAAGGGAUGUAUUUGAGUGUCAUGAACAGGUGGUGACAAGCAAGGCUGCUGGGGAGGUCAGAGUCUGCCUCCUUGUCCGAAAGAGCACACGGGAUCGGCUAAAUGACGGAGAAAUCCAGAGCACUAUCACUUAUGACCUGGCUCUGGACCCUGGCCGCCCACGCUCCCGUGCCAUUUUUGUUGAGACAAUGAACAGCACACGCAGACAGACACAGACCUUUGGCCUGAGGCAGAAAUGUGAGACCCUGAAGCUAUCAUUACCGGUUUGUGUGGAGGACUCAGUGAGCCCCAUUGCCCUGCGCCUCAACUACACUCUGGUGGGGAUGCCCUCAUCCUCUUUUGGAAACCUUCGGCCAGUUCUGGCUGUGGAUGCUCAGAGACUGUUCACAGCCAUGUUUCCCUUUGAGAAGAAUUGUGGUGAUGACAACAUUUGCCAGGAUGACCUAAGCCUCACAUUCAAUUUCAUGAACCUGGACACCUUGGUGGUGGGUGAUCCCCAGGACUUCAUUGUGACUUUGACUGUGAGAAAUGAGGGUGAGGAUUCCUAUGGGACUCAGGUCACCUUCUACCACCCAUCUGGCUUGUUCUUUCGGAAGGUGUCAGCGGCCCAGAACCAGCGCUCACAGCGAUACUGGCGUCUGUCCUGUGACUCUGGUUCUUCCACUGAAGGGCCUGUGGCUUUGAAGAGCACCAGCUGCAUCAUAAACCACCCCAUUUUCCCAGGCAACUCAGAGGUCACCUUUAAUGUCACAUUUAAUGUGGAGCCUGAUGCUUUUCUUGGAAACCAGCUACUCCUCAAGGCUAAUGUGACCAGUGAGAACAAUAUGCCCAGGACCAAUAAAACUGAGUUCCAACUGCAGCUGCCUGUGAAAUAUGCUGUCGUCACGGUAGUCACCAGUACUGAGGUUUCUACCAAAUAUCUCAACUUCACGGCCUCAGAGAAGACUAGUCAUGUUAUACAGCAUCAAUAUCAGUUCAACAACCUGGGCCAGAGGAGCCUCCCCAUCAAUGUGACCUUCUGGGUCCCUGUCCAGCUGAACCAUGUGACAGUCUGGGACCACCUUGAGGUCAUCUUCUCCCAGAAUGUCUCAAGUGCUUGCCAUACUGAUAAGAGACUCCCUACCCACUCUGACUUCCAGGCUGUACUUAAGAAGACCCCAGUGGUGAACUGCUCCAUUGCUGUCUGUCAGAUAAUCCAGUGUGAAAUCCCAUUCUUUGGCAUCCAGGAAGACUUCAACGUUGUCCUCAAAGGCAACCUCUCAUUUGACUGGUAUAUCAAGACUUCACAUAACCACCUCCUGCUUGUGAGCACAGCAGAGAUAUUGUUUAACGAUUCCAUGUUUGCUCUACUCCCUGGACAGGGGAUGUUUGUGAGGUCCCAGACAGAGACCAAAGUGGAACCAUAUGAAAUUCACAACCCUGUGCCACUCAUUGUGGGUAGCUCCAUUGGGGGCCUGGUGCUCCUGGCCCUCAUCACUGCUGGACUGUACAAGCUUGGUUUCUUCAAGCGACAGUACAAGGACAUGAUGAAUGAAACUGGUCCUCAAGAGGCACCACCCCAAUAACAGCUCCUUCUCCAAUGCAUGGCCUCUUUGACAGCAAGCAGGACUUGAGUCAGACUAACAUGCAAGUCCCUAGGGUGCUGGACAGACAUGACCUUUAGGAAACUGGUAUAUUUAUGUCUCAUGAAGACCUGCUUGGGCUUCCAUUUGUGUGUAUGCAUAAAUUGUGUAUAUGAUUCAGGUGUUUUCAGCACCUCUUGGUCAGAAGGUAAUUGGCUGGGGGACCUGGGGUUAUGGCUCAACGGUAGAGCACUUUCCUAGCACAUGUGAGGCCCUGGAUUCAAUCCUCA